GGGAACCCUAGAUUUUUGGAUUUCUUCAUCCUCCUCUAGAGUCAGACAUACAAGUUGGCGGCUGCCUGAUAGUAUUAUCUACCAUGGGACUGGCCGGCAGAAAAGAGAAACAACGCAUUCCAAACGACCCACGAAACUUAUCCUGGGCAGAUAAUGCAGCUCGCUUUGGCCAGUCUUACAUGUCCAAGCUCGGCUGGGACCCCUCAAAAGGUCUAGGCGCCUCUGGCGAUGGUAUGAAAUCCCAUCUCAAGGUCAAUCAAAAACUCGAUAUGCUUGGGAUUGGCGCUGCACAUCAGCGAGAUCCGCAUGGUAUCGCGUGGAAACAGAAUAAGGACUUUGAGGCUUUGCUGCAGAGGCUCAAUGCGCAAGAUGGUCAAGAUUCGGCUUCUAAGGAUGUGCUGGGAGAAUUUGUUCGGCCUGAGCAGUCUGCAGUGGACGCACACGGUGGGGAGAAAUCCGAGGAGGACGAGCAGCCGAACCAAUCAUCGAAGAAAGAGAAGAAGCGAAAGCGAAGGGAAGGGGAACAUACCGAGGACGGAAAAGAUAAGAAAAAACGGAAGAAAGACAAGCGCCAGCAUGAGGAUGUUGAUGAAGCUGCAGCGGAUUCGACAAAACCUACUUCUACGCAUAUCGAUCCUCCUGCCUCAUCCCCCGAUACCGUAUCAUCCAAUCCUCCAACAAAGCUUAAGGGUCGCCCUAUGGCCCACCGUGCUCGCAUACAAGCUGCCAAACGCCUUGCAAACAAAUCAGCGGCUGCCAUCUCUGAAAUCCUGGGGAUCGCACCCACUCCUUCAUCCAUUUCCUCCACAACUCCCUCAGGUUCUCUAACACCCAUCACACCCGCAGACAGCGACCUCCCCCUCGAGAAGCUCACAACGUCGAACAAGAGCGUCGCAGACUAUUUCAAGGAAAAACUUGGCGCGAAAUCUGGCUCUAAUACCCCAGCGGUAAAUGACGAUGGCAGCAUUUCUCGGGGAGGGAUUGGUUCCUCCAGUGCCCCUUCUCGAGACGACAUAGAUCAACCGCGAAGUGGACUCGGUGCAGGUCGCAGCUUUGGAGAAGGUGGCUCUUCGAAUGCGUUCGCCCAGUUCUUCAAUACAUCCUCGUCAUCACACGCCACUGUCGUCCAGAUGGCGUCUUCCGCUAUUCAAGCUAUAGUUCAACCUGCCGAGCCGACAGCGAUAUCUAAUAGAGACAGUUCUAGAGAUGAAGAGAUGACUGAGAAACAGCGACGCAAAGCUCAGAGAAAAGAAGAGAAGAAAAUGCGGAAUGCAAAGGCACUUGACGUGCCUGUAGGUGCAGGAGUUGAGACCCCCGACAGCGAUGCUAGGGCAGAAAAGAAGAAACGAAAAGAGGAACGGAAAACGAAAGGUGCGGAACCGUCUGACCUUGCCCUGUCAGCAGAAGAACCAGAAGAUGGCUUAGAGUCCGAGAGGAAGAGGCGGAAAGAUGACAAGAAGAAAAAGAAAGCAAAGCCUGGUGCCGAACUAGAUGAAGGUGAAAAGCGGUCCAAAAAAUCCAAAAAGCGCGUAGAGCCGGUCAGUGACGAUUCAUGA